UCUUCCUGCCCCCCAACGCCGGGCACAUUUCAGACGUAGGCAGCAUUCAGACAGUCACAUCCCUGAGAGGGCUUCCUCAACAAUUCUUAGGGUUUGUGUUUUCAGAACAAGUCUAUAGGGGUCAGUGCCGCACCCAUGAGAUUGUGAGAGAAAACUCCCCUGACUAAGUCGUUCCAAUGCUGGCCACCCAGAUGCUCUGAAAUGGCCCAUCACGGAAAGCACAUUAGUUCCAAGCACUUUGCAUGCAGAGCACGGCUCAAGGAACCUCAGUUGCCACCUGUGCGUGGUGAGGCCUCCCAGGCCUCCCUCGUCCCCGUCAACCUCUCUCCUAUGUCCAUGCGUGGAACUCUCUCUGCCUUGAGGAUUUCCACUUGGAUAUCUCAGCCCUAUUUGGAAAUGAACUCAGCAAAAUUAAACUCCUUGUAUCACCAUCUGAAACUUUCUCUGUCUCUUGUGUUGAAGAUUCCUCUUUCAAACCAAGCACCAAACACCUUAACUGUUCCCGUUCCAUCUUAAAGAUGUUGCCAACUCCCACUGAUUCCUCACAUCUCACCCUUGACUUGACCAGCUGCUCCUUUCUCAUUAAAAACUGAAGAAAAACCACCACUUUAGAAAACCAUUUGGUAGUAUCUACCAAGUGGGAAAUACAAAACUCUAUGGCCCAAUAAGUCCCCUCCUAUGAAUCUACCUGAGAAAUAUGAGCACUUAUUCCACCAAAAUACAUGGACAAGAAUGUUCGUAGCAACUUUAUUCGUAACAGUGAAACACUGGAAACAAACUAAAUGACCACUGACAGGAGGAUAGAUAAAAUAGUUGAGGCACGUUCGUAUCGUGGAAUACUGCAUUGCAAUGGAAAAAGCUAUGCAUAGACGUUAAAACCAUAGAUAAUCUUAAAGACACAAUGCUAAACAAAAGAAGCUAGACUCAAAAAAAGGCAUGUUCUAUGAUUCAUUUAUAUGAAAUUCAAAAGCCAGGCAAAACCAGUAUAACAGGAGUUACAACAGAGUUACGCCUGAAGACGCAGUAGUUACAAGGGCAUAUACAUGUGCAGAAAUGCAUCAAGCUGUAGAUUUAGGUUUGAGCAUUUUACUAUAUGUGAAAUAAACCUCCACAAAACAAAUCAUAAACCUUUGAGGAAAAAAAAAAGAGGACAUAAAACUAAGAAAAAUAACGUUCGAAUUGAGCUGCUGGGCCGACUGGCGGUAACCGGGCUGAGAGGCCGUUCGCAGAGCCAGCUGCAGAUGUGUGCCAGAGGACUUGGAUCUCAGCUGAAGGACAGUAUCCCUGUUACUGGACUUUCAGCAAGUGGGCCUUUUGAAAGUCAUGAUCUUCUUCAAAAAGGUUUUUCUUGUGUGAAAAAUGAACUCUUGCCCAGUCAUCCUCUUGAAUCAUCAGAAAAAAAUUUCCAGCUCAAUCAAGAUGAAAUGAAUUUUUCCACACUGAGAAACAUCCAGGGUCUGUUUGCUCCGCUAAAGUUGCAAAUGGAAUUCAAGGCGGUGCAGCAAGUUCAGCGUCUUCCAUUUCUUCCAAGCGCAAACCUUUCACUGGAUAUUUUGAGGGGUAAUGAUGAGACUAUUGGAUUUGGAGAUAUUCUUAAUGACCCGCCACAAAGUGAACUAAUGAGAGAACCACACUGGAUGGUGGAAUAUAAACUCGGUUUACCGUGAUGCAGUGUGCUGUCCGUGAAAAUAGAGGGGCUACAUCUUGUUUAUAGUCGUCUUUUUACUAUAAUUUUAUGUACACAACAUUAAAAGUACUGACACAUGAGAAUUGUUGCCUAAAUAAUAUCUGAUCAUUUGAAAUUUAUAAUAAUAAUAAUAAUAACUUUCUCAAUAUCACAUCAUUUAGAUAAUGCUGAGCCGAGAAGCCAGAUCUAAGACCUUGCUUCUCAAAGCUCAAGCUUCUAAGUUAACAAAGUAGAUUUCUGACAAUUUCAAUGUUUCCUCUCUUCAUGUCCCUUCCAAUGUCUUCAAGUUAAAGUCAGAACAAAUGAUGACAGCGACCUGGAGAGUCCUAGAGAAACCUAUAAAGGAGCAUUUCUUUUUUUUAGGUCUAAAGCCCCACUUUGAAAAAGUCCUCCCCACACUAUACUGGUUUUUCUAUUCUCUUUCUUUAUAUUAACUGUUUGUUUUUUCUCCUGAUCUCUCUUUUUACAUUAGGCAUUCUUUUCAAAAGAUGCUUGU